AAGCGAAGCAGCUCGUUGCGCGUCCGAGUGACCUCUCCUGUCCCCACUGCCCCAGCAGCGCUGAAUCACGGAUAGACUGGAAUAUAAAGUCUGUGCUCGGCUCCUGAUCUUGACUCUGACCUUCCUCCAUCCAGCAUGACGCGUCUCGAGUACACGAACAUCGACAAUGUUCCCAAGAUCCACGCGGAACUCAAGGAGACGUUCCGCAGUGGCAAGACUCGCCCCGUCCCCUUUCGCAAGGAGCAGCUGGCGCAGCUAGCAUGGCUGCUCAAAGACAACACCGACCGCAUCGCCGACGCCAUCCACACUGACCUUGGCAGACCUGCCAUCGAGUCCGACCUGCUCGAUAUAAACCCCAGCAUUGGCGAGGCCAAGGACGCGUACGACAACGUGGCCAAGUGGGCCAAGACCGAAAAGGCUCGCUGGACCUUCAACUUUUUUGCCAUGCGCCCAAAGAUACGCAAGGAGCCCAAGGGCGUCGUGCUCAUCAUUUCCCCCUUCAACUUCCCCGUUCUGCUUCUGCUCGGCCAUCUCGCCAGUGCGCUGGCCGCUGGCAACACGGUUGUGCUCAAGCCCUCAGAGCUAGUCCCUGCGACUAGCCAGCUGAUCUCGGACCUCAUAUCCCAAUACAUGGACCCUGGCGUCGUUCGGGUCGUCAACGGAGAUGUGUCUGUCACUACAAAGCUGCUUGAACUCCCUUGGGAUCAUAUUCUGUAUACAGGUAGUUCACGCGUCGCAAAGAUUAUUUGCACCGCUGCGGCAAAGCACCUAACUCCUGUCACGACUGAGCUCGGAGGCAAGUCGCCCGUGAUUAUCGACCCGAAAUGCGACAUGAAGCUCGCGGCGCGGCGCAUACUCUGGGGCAAGAUCGCGAACGCGGGCCAGACGUGUGUAGCGCCCGACUACGUGCUCGUUCCUCGCGAGGCGCAGGACGCGCUAGUGAACGAGCUAAUGGAAGUCUACCAGACUUUCUACCCAGAGGGGGAUCCCGCCACGUCCGCCUCCUUCUCCCGCAUCGUCUCGCAGGCGCACACGACGCGCAUCAAGCGGCUCAUCGACGGCACGAAGGGCACCGUCGUCGUCGGUGGCACGGUCGACGUCGAGAAGCGCUACAUCGCGCCGACGAUCAUCCGAGACGUGCCUGUGGACGACUCGACGAUGGACGAAGAGAUCUUUGGCCCCGUGCUGCCGAUCGUACCUGUCAGGGACGUCGAGGAGGCGAUCCAGAUCGUGAACUCGCGGGACCACCCGUUGUCGCUGUACGUCUUCACGCAGGACGCGGCCUUCAAGGAGAACGUCUUCAGCAGGACACAGAGUGGCGCGGCACUCGCGAACGAGGUGCUCGUGCACGUCGGAGCGACGGGCCUGCCCUUCGGCGGCAUCGGUCCCAGCGGCUCGGGCUCGCUCACGGGCAAGCACGGCUUCGACGCGUUCACGCACCUGCGCUCGACGCUCGACAACCCCAAGUGGGUCGACGCCAUCAUGAAGGGGCGCUACCCGCCGUACACCCCCGAAAAACUCGCGCGGCUGCGGACAGCGCUCAAGGUGCGCAUGCCGCCGCGCCCCGGCGGUGCCCGCCCGGCGCAGAAGAGUGCGUAAGCCGUAUGUGUGGGUCUGGACGCGCGGGCCGGCUGAGGUUGCUUUCUUGUCUGUCUCUGGUGCGGGUUGGCGUGGAUAUAGAUGUGUGUAUGUUGUGGGACUCUUGGAUACAUCCUGUGUCGAGUUAUUGUACCUACGCCUGUAAUUUCA